AUGUCAACCGCCCCGUCCAUGGCUGCUACCAAUCAGAACUCCACCCAAGAGCCAGCAACCAGCAACAGCGGGACUUCACAGAUGGAGUCAGAGAUCCAGCUUGUUUCAUCACUAGCCAAACUACAAGAACUCGAACGCAAGAUCCAUGAACUGCGUGGAUUCAUGCCCCAGGGCCUACUAGAGCCUCUAGUGCCUAUUGCAAACCCAGAUAAAGUGUCACUCGGCAAUCCAAUCGCUGAAACGCCACGGAUCCUCCGGGCUAGUCUAGAUGAAACCGCACGCGCACGCGUUGCUGAUGUCCAGCAAUUUCAGUCCUUGUGGAGGGAUCCGGAAUUGGCCUUCGUCUGGGCCCAUGUUGAAUCACGCAUCAGGGAAGCCAACGGCCAGCUCUUGCAGCCAACAGGGAAGUGGGAAAGAGAUUACGACGUUCUUCUAGAAGAACUAGCACGAAAAGAAAAGUCGAAAGUAGAUGAGCGUCAGCGAGAGGACGAAGAGGCUGAACGUAUCAAAGCGCAGUCUACCGAGGGCGAGUGGAAGAAUGUCUUGGAGCGGUUUGUUCAGCGCGAUAUUCCCGGUAUACGGGUUAUCAAGAGCCAGGAUGGGACUUCUCUAGCGGUAGCACUUGUUAGAGCUGGUGUUGUCUUCCAGAUCAAAGGGAUAUCUUUUCCUGGCUCCCCAGUCUCUGACUGGGAGGUUUCGAGUAAUAUCGCUGGUCGGUCACCCACGAAACUUGAGAAUGCUAUACUGGAAUGUGUGGGGUCACGCCCGCGGAAAUGGGACCUUGCUUUCUUGCUGGACAUGAUCUCUUCCUAUGCGGAUAUCAAGCAGACGCCAUGCGUGAAGUGCAAUCGCCUGGCUGAUAACGGCGCCCAACUGCCAACUCUCCGUCGCCCUCGGGCGAAUGAACAGUCUUUCAAUGGGCCAGCGCGUAUAUAUACCUUUGACGCAUUGCACUCCGGAUGCGCCUGA